CACAGCCUGAGCAUUUUGGGCCGAGGGAGGGUGCUUUAAGGUCAGCAACAGAGUUAAGUUUAAAAGGGGGCAUCGGCGGUGGGAUGCCCUUGCUGAAUGCUGGAUUCCGGGCAGCAUGGAGAACUCUCUCUCCUGCUUGCUACACCACCCUGGCCGCUUUGGCUGAGUCCCGGGGCGACAGCGCUCUGCUUCUGAAAUCCACGUCCACAGAUAUUUACGAGAACCUGGCGCUGGAGGACUGGUUACACGAGUACGUGCAGUCCCGGGACCGGCAUGUGCUCCUGCUCUGGAGGAAUUGCCCCACAGUGGUCAUCGGUCGCCACCAGAAUCCCUGGCAGGAAUGUAAUCUCAAACUCAUGAGAGACCAAGGCAUCCAACUGAGCCGGAGGAGGAGCGGGGGAGGAACCGUCUAUCACGACCUGGGAAACAUCAACCUGACCUUCUUCACCUCCAAGAAGAAGUACGAUAGGCGCGGCAACUUGGAGUUGGUUAUCUCUGCUCUGAAGAGGAUUCGACCCCAGCUGAAUGUGUUAGCCACGGACAGGUACGACCUGCUGCUCAACGGAGUCUUUAAAAUCUCGGGCACUGCCUCGAAGAUUGGAAGGACAUCUGCUUACCACCAUUGCACUUUGCUGUGCAACUCUAACAGGCAUCUUUUAUCCUCUGUUCUCCAUUCUCCACACCAAGGUCUAAAAACCAACGCCACCCCCAGUAUACCUGCCACUGUGAAAAAUCUGUGUGAUGAGGAUCCCACUCUUACUUGUGAUCUAUUGAUGGAUGCCAUUGCAAUGGAGUACGCAAGGCGGCAUAGCUGUCAAAGCAAAAUUGUGCUUGUGGACCCUAAAGACAAUUUGUUGCUACCAGGGAUUGCCAAAUUUACCCAGGAGCUUAAAAGCUGGGAUUGGAUCUAUGGAAGAACACCAAAGUUCAGCAUCAGCCACUAUUUCUCUGUGGACCAUAAUUUACCUGGGGCAGAAGUUGAACUGAACAUGAGCAUUACUCAUGGCAGAAUUGAAAGCUGCAAUAUUAAAUUGUUUUCAGAUUGGCUACCAUCCAUGAUGUGUAACCAAUUAGCUUCAGACCUCAUUGGCAACAAAUUUUGCCCAACUGAAACACUGAUUUUGGGGAGUGCAUAUUUAAGGGUUUGUUCCCAAGACAAUGAGCUGUGUACCAAAUGGAAUGCACUAUGUGAACAAGUUAUGGCAAUUAUGUAAUUUUUGCUCUUUGUUUUUAAUAUCAACUUCCCACAUGCAAACUUGAAUUUAGCAUUCUAAACCUACCAGGUGGUAACGCUGUCAAGCAAAAAUAUCUGUUUUUGUUUUAUGCAACUUUUAUCAAAGGUGACAUUUACAAAAACACAUUUUUUCUUGUAAUCUAUGGUGCUAAGAUAGUAAAGAAUGCAUAAAAAAAGGUUCAGGCAAUAUGAAAUUAUUU